GGAGGCCCUCCAACUACCUUUAGCAGCGCGAAGCGAAGUGGCGUGGAAAUGAUGGUCGAUAUCGAUCGCGCAUGUUGAGCCGUGUCCAUGGGGGUCCUCCAAAGAUGGAUCCACCAUGGCACGAUCUCCAUGGACGCUGCUCCACAUGCGCGAUCUUUGUCGCCAAUUUAACCACAAGAUGGUUCAAAUGCACGUUGGUUGUGAAUACUGUUCAAGCCCAUCCAAUAGCAUCGUUUUGGAUUCCGACCGGGAAGAGAGGUAACUUGACAUCACAGCGGGUCAAGCAGUGCGACGUUUGGCGUCGACUGUGUGCAGUGAUUGCGCUAUUUGCGCAGCGAACGAUGUCGAUGAAGAUUGACGCAUGUCCGAUUAUACAUGCGUCGAACUCUGCCGACUUCUUUCGCUGCGCCCGGUUCUAGCCACCAGUCAUUUCCAAAUGUCGCGCUUCGAAUGAUGUUGCAAUGCAUAGGGACAAUGCAUAAGGUAAUACGCAACACUACGAGGGCUGACCUCGGCCUUAAGGAUGAAGACUAGUACACGUUGGGCAAUUAGGGUUGACGAUUAACUCAUUAUACUUGAUAUUGC